CUGUGUAUAAAUAUAUUCCAAAACUGAUGGUCCAUAGACAGAGAGGGUUGCAGAAGAAAGCUUUAUCUCUCUGCCACUAGUAGACACUAAAAUCAUCAAUGGGGGAGGAAGCGAAGAAACCGGUGGAGGAGAAGAAAAUGGAGGGGAAGAAACCAGAAGAAGGAGAAGAAUCCGGGAAGAAAUCCGAGGAGAAGAAGCCGGAAAAUCCGCCGGAGAAAUCUGGAGAUCCGAAGGAGGUGGUGGAGGAGGAGAAGAAGAAGCCUCAGGAGAUUGUUCUUAAAAUUUACAUGCACUGUGAAGGAUGUGCCAAGAAAGUUCGUCGGUGUCUCAAAGGAUUCGAAGGAGUCGAGGAUGUAAUGACGGAUUGUAAAAGUGGUAAGGUCAUUGUGAAAGGAGACAAGGCAGAUCCAUUGAAGGUGUUGGAGAGAUUGCAAAGGAAGAGCAACCGCCAAGUGGAGCUUCUUUCUCCGAUCCCCGAGCCGAAACCGGCCGAGGAACCGGAGAAGAAGGCCGUCGAGAAACCUAAAGCCGAGGAGAAAAAGGAAGAGGCAGUGACAGUGGUGCUGAGAGUUCACAUGCAUUGUGAAGCAUGUGCCAUGGAGAUCCAAAAGAGAAUCAUGAGAAUGAAAGGAGUGGAGAGUGUGGAACCAGAGUACAAGGCCUCACAAGUGAUUGUGAAAGGAAUCUUCACUCCGGCGACGUUGGUCGAAUACAUAUACCGAAAAACCGGCAAACACGCCGCCGUGGUCAAGCAAGAUCCGCCGCCGGAAAUGUCACCGGAGAAAGACAAAGACAAAGAGACCAAAGACAAACCAUCCAAAGAGGACAAGAAGGCGAAAGCGGAGGAGAAAAAACCCAAAGAAGAGAAAAACAAAAAAGAUCAAUUAGACAAAGCCAAAGAGCCCAAAGAUUCCGGCGGCGGCGGCGAGGCCAAACCGGCGGUGGAAAGCGGUGGCGAUGCGGCGGCGGCGGAGGAGACGGAGAAAGUGGUGGAGACAAAGAGGAACGAGUAUUAUUACCAUUAUAGCCCGCCGAGGUAUCCAAUGGAUAAUGUUUAUUAUUACGCUCAACCACCUCAGAUUUUCAGCGACGAGAACCCAAACGCUUGUACCCUGAUGUAAUAACGCGUCGGUGCCAGGGGCAUUUUAGGAAUUUAAUAAAUGCGUCUGCCAUCUAGAUGUUUUUGGUUAUUAUUAAAUACAUUCUAGUUGUACGUCGCAUUAACUUCCUCGUAUGGUUCUUUGGGGCUAACUUUCGAAAUUUAGAGGUUAUAUAAUAAAAUAAUCAGUAAACGA